CAGUGACAUGUUUUCAGUCCCAGUCCCCCUUGAGGAUGUGAAGUGCAAGCCGUACCCAACGGUUGUUGAAGUUCCACAGCCUGAUCACAGUAAAGGAUUUAAUUAUCCAUUCCACGUUCAGUUGCAUCGAUGUGCUGGUUCUUGUCACAUAAAACCAAGAAUUCAAUCAUGUGAACCUACAGAAACUGAAAAUAUCACCCUUUUGGGAUUCACUGUGUCAUGGUCCUCAUCAAGCGAUAGACGGAACGACUUACACCGCGCCCCAUUACUCGUCAAAAUGCUAAACCACACUAAAUGCGGUUGCAAAUGUAUAAUAAAACCAUCACAAUGYAAUCCUGCAACGCACCGAUUUUCAAAGGAAAUGUGCAGAUGUGAAUGCAAGGAGAAAAACCCACGGUGUCCCAGCUAUCACGUGUGGGACCCCAUAGAAUGCAAGUGUGUUUGCAAUGCUCCGAGAGAUGUUUAUUGUCCCAGAAGAUUUGUCUGGAAUCAWGAGAAAUGUUCGUGCGUGUGCAAAAACACUAGAUGCAGAGCRAACAAAGUUCGAAAUCACAGAAACUGCCGUUGUUAUUGUUCCAAGAAUUUACCUCCAUGUGGUCAAGGACUUGUAAGAAGUCGAAGAGACUGCAAGUGUAAACCUUCUCAUUGAAUAUUUCGUGAAAAACGAACGAAUCAACUCAUUGAAGAAUCUAAGGUGUGGUCCAUCCAGGAGUACCCGGACAUUUGAGGGUCCCCAAUUGGAUUUUACCAUUCAGGAUUAUAGUUUACGAGCAUUAUUAUAAGUAAUACCAUGGAACGACGGAAAUUAGUGAUUCAAUUUCCCCGAAAACCGCUAGGGGAAAUUUGUCUUCUACUAAAUUUCCCUUGCAUAAAUUAAAUAGACAUAAAUUUAGUUAAAGACGAAAAAAUCUAAAUUUGCCUCAUGUUAUUCAUGAAGGAAAUUCGGAUUUGUAAACCCCUAGGAAGACAAUGGAAUCCGAGGUGAUCAUGGUAUUACUAUAGGUUAAUAGAACAGUGUACAAAAAUUUUUUACAAACUUUUCAUACUUUCUAGUGUCAGAAAUCGGCGCAGAAUUAAUUUAUGUCUAUUUUUAGGGUCAUUUUUAUACCCGAUCGUCCAGCCCCUCUAACRCAUUUGUAAAGGAGUACCCCCUGACCAAAAGCAAAACGUUGCUGCAUGCAAAGGAUCAAGCCAAGAGAAUAUCGAGUUAUUUCUAGUGAAUGGGCCUUGUCAAUAGAAUGCAAACGCCAAAAUCAUCUAGGACAACCCAGCUGGUUAUAAGAAUCUAAAAUUUAACAAYUUGUCAGGCUGAAAUUUUUAUUUUUAUAAGUCACCUUUCAUAUACGAACCAUUUCCAAGUAGGUUCUUAAUUUACAUAUAUGAAGUCAAUCUGUUAUAUUUUCUUGCAAAAAAAAUUUUCCAUAAUUUCCAUACCUUGCAAAAGAUGACUGAUUAGUCGAAAACGUUUGUACUUAAAACUUUUAAUACGCCUUAAGUUCUUAACAUACUAAUAGAGCAAAUAUUAUGUCAAUGAAAAACAAAAGAAAGAAAGAAAGAAAAAUUAUAAUAAAAGACGAAUCUUGGUUUACUGCAUGGUACGAUCAUUUAAACUGGAAAAUAAUUGUAAAUAAAUUUAUUAGUGAAAUAUC